AUGACUCUUGUAGCGAUCUGCGACAACUUAACCCGUUUCUGCAUUUUCUUGAGUUGUACAAUUUGUAUUACUAAUUUCCUAAAAACAGAGAUGUUCCCAAUAUAUCAAGAGAUAAAACGCCUCACUCGAGAGCUACCUGAAGAGAAAUUUACUAAAAUAAUUGCUCACAUUAGUUCGAAUGUUAUUCUUACAAAUCAGGUGAAUGAUGCCCUGGCUCUCUUUGAUACGGAUGAAAAAAAACGUAAUUACUUGGUAACUUUUUCAGAAACUCUUGGAGCUGACGAUUUGAAAAGUUCAAUCAAAAAUAUUGAGGAAAAAUUAGGAGAUAUAUAUGAAUUAUCAGCACGUUUCGAAAUAUCCAAGAUACAAGGAACUCACUAUGCUUCAAAAUUUGAAGUUUUUGACCUUAACGGAUUAGUUAAACUUGCGUUACCACGAAAGCAACUUCCAUCUGAAAAUGCAUAUUAUGAUUCUCAGGCAUAUGUACUAUUAUUUCGUGUUAAUAAACUUGCGAAUUAUAUUUACAAUAAAGGUAUGCGAAAAAAGCUUGGAGAAUCAAUAGAAUACAUCCGCCAAUUAUCAACUGACAAGAAUUAUAACAAAAACCUUCACGAACUUGCAGAAAAAGCAGAUUUGGCACUUAAACAAUGGACUAAUUAUGAAGGUACUGCUAAAUCAAACGAAAAACGCCUAUAUCUAGCAAAUACGCCCGAGUUGAGCAUUAUGCUCAUGACGGCAUAUGCUCCUUUUAAUUGUCGUCUAGACAUUGAUUUGCGUGGAAGAACCUCAGGUUCCGAUAUUGCAAAUAUAACAGUUGAACUAGGAGAAAUUAAAUCUUCAAAUGUCUCUAAGGCAAUAAAAAAAGGCUAUCGUCAACUCUUAUUGAGAUUAGCUGUGAUCAGCUAUGUGAUUGAAGCAUGUUCUGAUGAAAAAGAAAUGCCCAAAUUUAAUUUGUCCGGAAAGGUAUAUGUGCCAAAAACAGACUCUAACUUAAAAAUACCAUCCGAAAUAUGGAAUGAGGGCAUUAAUUUCUCCAGUUCUGUUAAUUAUCAUGAUGGUUGUGUGACAAAACUCUUAUAUGGG